AUGCAGUGUGACAUAUGCUUUCGAGGUGUUGGACAGGGCGAGAAGAAAAUACACUUCCUGUGUCCGACUGAUGCGCGCAACUUGUUAUAUGUUUCCAGAAUACAAAACGCUCAAGUCCUGCUCGAAAACGAUGCCCUAGACCAACAAAUAAACUCCCUACUCUCUGCAGAGCCCAACGAUGAUGCUUCAAAGACCCCUCGGCAGGCUACAGCAGACCUGAUAUCUGGAGUUCAGGCGGAGAAGGAGCAGUCUGUGGACAGGACACAGCAAAUCAUCACUCAGGCUGAUGAGCUACGGGCAAAGGUUGAGAGUGCCAGAGAAGAGUUGAUCAAGAAGAAGGCACAUAUAUCUCGCAGAAAGUCCGACCUAGCAUCUGUAACAAAUGGCCUUGACGCUCGAAGGACCCGUCAAAUCGAAGAUGUAGAGAAGGGUAUUCGUAUGACCAGAUUCAAGUGGAAUCAAGGACAUGCAACGACUGCCUCUUCAAGAGCCUUCUUGUGCGGUGAGGCUGCCAAAUUAUAUGGCCUCAAGAAAGUCAGGAAAGUCCAUGGUGGCCCAGAUGAGUAUAGAAUUGGUGGUGUAGGUAUUGUUGACUUGAGAGCUAUGAAUACUGCAAGUCCCGCGCAAAUUUCUACAGCUCUCUCUCAUGUUGUACACCUUUUGAUGCUCUCAACACACUAUUUAGCUGUUCGUCUGCCUGCUGAAAUAACUCUGCCACAUCGAGAUUAUCCUCUUCCAACCAUAUUCGCUCUUCCUUCUUCUUACAAGCAUGGAGAUGUACCCUUUCCAGGUUCCACUCCAACACCUUCGUCCAACAAUAGUCCAACAGCCUCGAAACAUGCCGAACAGCCCAGACAACCACAUCCUCGACCUCUUUUUAUUAAGAAGCCUCUACCCAUCCUCGCAUCGGAAGAUCCAUCCGGCUAUGGUCUCUUCCUCGAAGGAGUCACACUACUCGCUUAUGAUAUAGCCUGGCUCUGCAAGAGUCAAGGAGUCUCCGUAGGAGAAGAAGGAAGCUUCGAAGAUGUCUGCAAUAUCGGGAAGAACCUCUACAAUCUUCUAAUUGAUUCUCGACCUCGUCCGUCACCAGCGAGUCGCACACCUUCUACCCAAACUACACCAACGAAAGGGGGACGAGACACAGAGACUGAUGGCGAGGGCAAGAAAGAGCCACCUACAUCCAUCAUAGGAAAGUAUUCCCAUGGGACAGCACACUCGUUUCUGGGAGGAGCAGAAGGCACCGAUUUUAUUCGUAGCUGGAAACUUCUCAAACCUACCAGCAUAGCCGACAAGCUUAAAUCGAAACUUCUUAGCGAAGUAGCGAACGCCGAAUGGGAAGUUCUAGACGAGAAUGCAUGGGCAGUAGACGACGAAAUGGGUGACGAUGGCGUCGUUGUUGGCGCCCGUAAAGAGGUAGCAGAGAGAGACAGAGGGCCAAGUCAAGUUGGAAUGCAGAGUUUCAUCAGUAUGCGGACCGUAAUGGACGCGGUAGAAAUGGUUGGUGAUGGAGAGAGGAAACCAGGGACGAGUGGUUGGACGAGGUUGAAACCUAGGUGA